AUGAUUCCUCUUGGAGUAUCUCAACACCCGUCGUCAAAUACUUGGUUUAUUGUUUCUAACAGCAGCACUUAUGUUAUUGGUGCCACAUCAGAAGGUGUAGUUCUCAAUCUACACUGGGGAGGAAGACUUCAUUUUUAUAAUGAUGUUUCUUCCGCCAAUCUUCCAAUCCCACGCAGUUCCCAGGAUCCCGCAUUAACGGCCAUAGCUGAAGAAAUGCCAGCAUAUGGCGGCCUUCGUUAUGGAGCAAUAGGAUUAAAGGCCGAGAUAACAUCAACCCAGACACGCGAGCUGGAGCUCUUGUGGACAAAAGCUGAAUUUCAGUCCAAUCAACUAAAAAUCACCCUCUGUGAUAAAGCAUACCCCUUGUUUUCUGUGGAGCUUGUCUACACGGUAGAUAUUGAUAAUGAUGUUAUAUCGCGUCACACUAUUAUAAAAAAUCGGACCGAGAUAAAAAUACAUCUUUCCAAAGCAUAUUCUGCCGUUUGGCACCUUCCAACUAUACUUGGUAAACGGAAGCUAACAACACUCACUGGCGCAUGGGCAGCAGAAACACAAGUAAACACAGAAAAUCUUGUGAAUGGAACAUUAGUACUUGAAUCCAGGCGUGGAAUCCCAUCGUGUCAAACAUACCCUUAUGUGGCCUUACAGGAUCAAGAAGAGGUGUAUUUCGGGACACUCGGGUGGAGUGGUAGUUGGGCUAUAGAGGUUCAUACCGGAUGGGACGGUAAGGUAACCAUAGCUGGAGGUGUUCACGAGCAUGAUUUUGGCUGGUCAUUGUUUCCAAAUAUGACCUACGAGACACCUGUGUUUGUUGCUGGUUACAGUGUAACAGGACUAUCAGGCGCACGAUCCUCCCUUACAAAUCAUGUUCGGAAUCUCCAACGCAACUCUAUGACUGUCAAUCCUAUAAUUUUCAAUAGUUGGGAGACAACUCAGUUUGAGGCUUCUUACGAGAAUCAGUUACAUCAGGCUACUAAAGCAGCUGCAGUUGGGGUGGAGCUCUUCGUUCUGGAUGAUGGCUGGUUUCGUGGGCGUACGAGUGAUCGAUCUGGGCUAGGUGACUGGUUUGCCGAUCCUGUCAAGUUUCCACAAGGGCUGAAACCGUUAGCAGACCAAGUUCACCGCCUAGGAAUGAAAUUCGGGCUGUGGUUUGAGCCUGAGAUGGUUAACAGAGAUUCAGAUCUGUUCAGAGCUCACCCCGACUGGGUAUAUCAUUAUACUGAUAGGACGUCUAGUGAGUCUCGUAACCAGUUGGUGUUGAACAUAACACGACCAGAAGUAGAGGACUAUGUAUACAAGCGAAUUUCAGAAACAAUACGUCAAGUCGGGGUGGACUAUAUAAAAUGGGAUAUGAACCGGCCUUUGAGCGAAGUGACAAUGUCAACCUAUCGAGACGCCCGUGAAGUUUGGGUGAGACACGUUCAAACUUGGUAUAGUCUCCUGGAACGGCUUCGUAGGGACUUCCCGUUGGUGUUGGUGGAAACCUGUUCAAGUGGAGGUGGUCGUGCUGAUAUUGGAGCCCUAGAACUGACAGACAUGUGCUGGCCUAGCGACAACACCCGUCCCGACGCUAGACUUGUAGUCCAGCACGGUAUCUCCCACGCCCUACCUCCUCGUGUUCUCGGAUGCUGGGUUACAGAAGGGCUGACGCCACUUUCUUACCGCUUCCACACCGCAUUCAUGGGAAAUCUUGGCAUUGGGUGUGAUCUUAAUCGAACCGGUGUACGCUUGGAAGACUUCAAGGAUUGGAUUGACAUUUACAAGACUUUGCGUCAUAUCAUCCAGCUAGGAAACCUUGAUUGGCUGAUAGGACCAGGCCAGAUAAAUGUUACAGCCACGUCUUUGGAUGAUGAGAUGGUAGUGCUGGCUUUGAGGGAACAUAGUCCCUAUGGUCUUCUUUUACCUCCUGUCCGUAUUCAAGGAUUGGUGGCCUCUUAUCUUUACAGAGUCCAUGUAUGGUCGAAUGAUCCAAAAAAGAAGACAUCAUAUACUAUAUCUGGCGCGUGUGCUAUGCAGAUAGGUCUUCCUCUUGACUGGCUGGCACAAGCAGACUACGGCAGCGGUGUUAUGCACUUGAAACGAAUAUUACUUUAG